AUGCUUCUGUGCCCUAAAGUCUGUGUUCUUGUUGGGCAACCCAGGUGUGCCCCACGAGAGUGUGACUCCUUCACCAUCACUGGCUCUCUGGGGGUCUUGACUAAUGUCCACAAUGCGGUCCCCAUAAAGACCACAGAGGAGGCAGCCACAACCAGGUGGCCCCUGUCUGGACCCAUGGAUGUGCUCGUAAAGAUGGUUUCACCCAGCACUGCCCCUAGUGAGGACAAGGUUCUGGUCUCAUACUAUGAGCCUGACAAGGAAGUCCCUGUGAGCAUAGCUGUGCUCUACCUCACUGGCAUUGAGAUUUCGCUGGACGUGGACAUCUACCGCAGUGGGCAGGUUGAGAUGCGGAGUGAUAAACAGGCUAAGAAAAAAUGGGUCUGGGGCUCCAGUGGUUGGGGUGCCAUCCUGCUUGUGAACUGCAAUCCUGCCAGUGUGGGCCAGCUCACAGACAAGAAGAAGACCACGAAGGUGCUCUAUUCAGAUGACAUAAAGAGUCUGUCCCAGAUGACACUGAGCGUCCAAGGCCCCAGCUGCACUUUAAAGAAACACCGGCUGGUUCUCCACACCUCCAGAGAAGAGUCAGAGAAGGCGAGGGUCUACUGGCCCCAAAAAGACAGCUCCAGCAUCUUUGAGUUGGUGCUGGGGCCUGGUCAGCACACCUACACCCUGGCCCCCCUUGAGGAUCACCUGAAGAAGACCUUCUAUAUUGAAGCUAUGGAAUUCCCAUCUGCUGACUUCUCCGGCCUGAUUUCCUACUCUGUGUCUCUGGUAGAUGAGUCUCAAGACCCGUUGAUUCCAGAGGCCUUGGUGUACAAAGACACAGUAGUAUUCCGAGUGGCUCCUUGCAUCUUUACUCCCAGCACCCAGAUGCCUCUAGAAGUAUACAUAUGUAGAGAGCUGCAGCUCCGGGGUUUUGUGAACACGGUGAUGGAGCUGAGCAAGAAAAGUAACAGCCAGGUGGCAUCUGUCUAUGAGGACCCCAACCGCCUGGGCAGGUGGCUCCAGGAUGAGAUGGCCUUCUGCUACACCCAGGCUCCACACAAAACUAUUCCUUUGGUCCUCGACACCCCUCGCGUCACCAAGAUUGAAGACUUGCCCAUGAAAUACUCACUGAGCUCUGAUGUUGGCUACAUAAUCCAAGGCAUCAAGGACUAUAGGGUGGCCAGCAUGGAUUCCAUUGGGAACUUGAUGGUGUCCCCACCAGUCACUGUCCAAGGGAAAGAAUACCCCCUAGGGAGGAUCCUCAUUGGCAGCAGCUUUUACCCCAGUGAAGAAGGCCGGAACAUGAGUAAGACCCUCCAGGACUUCCUCCACGCCCAGCAAGUCCAGGCCCCAGUGGAGCUCUUCUCAGACUGGCUAAUGGUUGGCCACAUAGAUGAGUUCAUGUGCUUUGUCCCCAUAGAUGAACGAAGUGAAGGUGAAAAGGGCUUCCGACUACUCCUGGCCAGCCCCAGCUCCUGCUAUAAACUGUUCGAGGAGAAAAAGAAGGCAGGCUAUGGGCACAUGCUUCUGUUUGAAGAGGUUAAAGUGGAUCAGCUCCUCUCUAACGGAAGGGAAGCCAGAACCAUCGAUCAACUUCUAGCGGAUGAAAACAUGAGAAACCAGAAUGACUAUGUGGAGAAGUGCAUUAACCUGAACCGGGACAUCUUGAAGCGGGAGCUGGGCCUGGUGGAGAAGGACAUCAUUCACAUCCCCCAGCUCUUCUGCUUGGAGCAGCUGACCCACAUCUCCUCCAACCAGCAGACGGAGAAACGCUUUGCAAGGCCCUACUUCCCCAACAUGCUCCAGAUGAUCGUGAUGGGCAAGAACCUGGGGAUCCCCAAGCCUUUUGGGCCCCACAUCAAGGGGAACUGCUGCCUGGAAGAAAAAGUCUGCCACUUGCUGGAGCCCCUGGGCUUCAAAUGCACCUUCAUUAAUGACUUUGACUGUUACCUGACUGACGUCGGAGACUUCCGCGCCUGUGCCAAUGUUCGCCGGGUGCCCUUUGCCUUCAAAUGGUGGAGAAUGAUGCCCUAGACGACGGAUGGUCUCCCGUCAUCUCCUCAGAGCACCAAUGCCUUCC